AUGAGUUCGUGCCACGCAUGGCGCUGCGUCACGUUCGACGCGACAGGAACGUUAUGCCGUCUUGCAGAGCCAGUGGGAGAGACAUAUCUACAGUUCUGGAAGGCUGCGUCAGGUCAGUCGUUCUCGUCGUGCCGCCACGAAGCUGCAGUCGCCGCUCUGACGUCGCACUUCCCCACUGAGUUUCGUCAGCUCUGUCGCCAUCUGCCCAACUUUGGGUCGAACGGCGAAACUACAAGUGCGUUCCCCUGGUGGCGACAGCUGGUGCUCAAUGUGAUGCAAAGCGCUCAAGUGGCUGACUGUCUCGCUCAUAACGAAGAGCAAGCUGAGCGCUUUACGCGCGACUUGUAUGCGCACUUUGGCUGCCCGAAAGCCUGGUUAGUGUUUGAUGACGUGCAGCCGACACUGGAGAAGCUAAAAGCCAUGGAGGUUCCUAUGGCAGUCAUCUCCAACUUUGACGAGCGGUUGGAGCCCCUUUUGGAAGGACUACAGCUCCGAGACUACUUCCAGGUGGUCACUGCCUCGUUCUCGCAGUCAGAGAUGAAGCCGCAUGCGUCUAUUUUUCAGUCGACAUUCAAACAGCUACAGGGCGAAGAGGGGCCGUUUGUUGCAAGUGGAUUUUUGCAUGUAGGGGACCACCCGUCGAAGGAUUUUAGAGCUGCAAAGGCUAUUGGGGCCCAUGCUAAACUGCUGUGGAGGGCAAAGCAUCGACCGCCACCCAUCGACGUCGAGAGGAAGAACUGCAUUGCGUCGUUGCAGGAAAUAUUUUUGGAGCAGUAA